UGGCCUCAUUUGGUUUCUGUCUCUUUUGCUUUCCUGUUAUGCUGCCGAUCUGUGCCAGUUAACAAUUCUGUAACAUUUUCUAUAUUCCACAUCCUGUUUACUACUGGUGGGUUUGUGCUUGAAGUCCUUCACUGUAUUUCCAACUUCAUGCUCAUUCCAUGUGAAACUUGACCUGACCGCUCAUCUGGACUCUGCUUCAUCCUUUGACAGUCGACUUCACGAUGGAUAAUCCACCUCUGCGCUCCACUGUGUUUUGAUCUUUUCAGUUUUACAUGUCUCGCUUUUUUGGAUUUGGAAGUGUUGCUAUGGAAACCAAGUCAACAUUUCUCGUGAGCUGGAUUAUUAAUCUGAAACACUUGCUGUAAAGUACAUCUGGCAUCCUUAUUGACGUGAAGUGAAACCUACAAACCAAAUUGGUUGUGCGUCUUUUCCACCACUAGGGGGAGCUCAUGGUUUAUGAAAGUGUUCCUGGCUUGUAAAGUAAAGGUGACUUUACCUGCCAUGCACCUCGGUAGUAGCUGGCGUAUUGAUCUCUAAAGCGCUCCAGAGCUACACCUUUAUUUAGACCGACUUAAAAGCAGUGAGCAGGAUCAAUCUCAACUCUUCCCUGCAUUUAUAGAGAAAUAAAGCAAGAGCAGAUUUGAUUCCUGGAUCAGUUUGUGGUGAGGAGGAGACUGCAGCUUGUGGAGUAAAAUGUUAAAUGCAGCAAGCACAAAGUUCUUUUGAAAAUCGCAGUUGUAGCAAGCGCAUUGGUGCCAUUUCUUUAAAUAGCAAAAACACUUAAGUUUUUUUUCUUGUUUACUUCUGAGCAUCUCUCGCUUUGCAUCAUCAGUAAUUUGAAGCAGAGAGAGAAGUUCAUGCUCAAUUCUCUCUGGAAUAUGUUGAAAUGCAAAGAGACUGCAUAAUUUUAGAUGGAUGUGUAGCUUAUUCAAGUUUAGAUUCCCACUGCAGAUGAAAUAUGGGAAGUUUGUUUUAGUAUACAGGGGUUGCAUUUCUUUCUCUUACAUGUCGGUGUGAGAUUCUCGGGGUUUGAGUAUAACUACCAGGACAUCACACUGUCGACACCAAAAUGUGAACAUGAAAAUCAUAUAAUCGUAACGCCUAUAAAAACUAUUAGUCUUUCUGCUGCUAAAUCUAUGCAACAUGUUGAUUACAAAUAUAAUGUAUUUAUUAAUUAACUUUUUUGCUGUAGUUUUAAAACGGCAAUGGAUGGUUCGUCAUUUUCCAGUGAGUAAUAUAUUAAAUAUUUAUAGGAUUAGCCAGGAGAAUAUAUCCAUUUUUGGGGAGGUGGGUUAUGAUAGUCUGUCGGAACAGACUCCCAACCCCAUAAGUGUCAAAUUUGCAAAUUGUUUGACCUUAUUGACAACAUCAAGAAGUUAUCUUAAAUAUUGAUUACAAAGUGAUCUGAGGCAGAAACGGAGACGGUGAGGCAAAGCUCCAUGAAGGUGGAGGUCAAAGUCCAAACCAUGAAUUCCUCCCAUCUUUUGUUUUUUUACAAUCAAUAAUAUAAUUUUGCUUCCUGUCAUCCAUUGUAAGCAAAAGUAUACAACAAAUGGUGGGAACUCUAUUUCAAGGAAACCGUGUGCACCUCAGUGAAGUACGAGAGAGUUUGUAUGACCAAACCUUGACGUCCUGAAUAACCUGGAAAAGGAGACGUUUUAUGAUUUCACAAUUUAAAACAAAAAACAUGCAGUUUUUAAAAUUCAACAGAUGGUGACCCUGGCAUGACUGCGAGAAAAGAUUUUCGACCCAGCAUGAUCGUGAGUCCAGAAAAGUUGAGGGAAACAACCUUUGAGUCAAAUUACUCCUUUUAGUAAGAAAGGGAAACCUGAAGCAACCUUGAGUCAGCUGACCGACCCUGAAAUGAAAGUGCUGCGGUAUCACAGUAUACACAGAAACAACAAUUGCUUAAUAAAGACAUUGUAUCAGAAAACACAGACAUCAUUCAACUGGAACAUCUCGAGCAUUCAGUUUCUUUGUCAUGCAUUUGAGAAAAACGCGUGGUGGCCCGCUUUUGGCUGGCUGACUAUCGGUGUGGGUCAGCCUGGCAUUCAUAGACCCGUUUCUCCUUUGUGCCUUCUAAAUUUGGACCCUCGAUUAGUCCCUUGCUCCUAUCCAAGCACGGCUGAAUGAGCCCAUUUGAAAUGGUAAUUCAGCCACAUCUGGAAACGUUUACGUUAGACCAGCGGUCUCUAAUCAACAAAAUACCAGCAGAACUCCCAAGGCCAUGCAAAUGUGAACCUGCUAGGUAUUCAAAGGGGUUUGGGAGAGUGGGGGGUUAGGCUCAACAAUUGGUUCAAGUUGUGACCCAAUCAGUUCCUGCCACAGCCAGAUGAGUCAAUGAGACCAUUUCGAAUACUAUGUGGGACCUGGAAAUCUAAUGAUUGAUUGCUUUUUUUUUUUCUUUUCUUUUCAGUGUGCAGCUUGGAACCGCGUUCACAAUUCAUCCUUGAUGCCGCGUCCUUGUUUCAGGGCAAUCAGAGUCUUAACCAGCUGUAAGGUUUAAGAUUGAACACCCCUUUAAAAGAGGACGUAUACCCAGAUUUAAGCCGCCUAAAUACUGAAUCGGCCGAGUAUUGUUUAGUCAGCUUGCACGAGAUUUGGUUUCACUUUCAGAGUGACACAGACGAGGAAAAAGCCUGGAACGGAGGUGAGGGAUGUCUUUAGUGUAUAGUGGCUCCAUUUAGGAGAACCACCAGGAGACAAUCUACCUGUUUAUAUAUGCACGCCUCAGACAGAUGUUGAAUAAUUCAUGCACAGAGGCGGACAACAUGCAGCUGUAUUUGGGUUGAGGGGGGCGAGGGGUGCAUGGGCUCUUUCUCUGCUAGAAUAUGCACGGCCCAAAUUAUAGGCAUUACUUUGCAAGGAGAGAAAAAGUAGGCCACUUUGCAUAAAGGAUCUAACAGAGAUGGAAAAUAAAAUGGGAAAGAUGGAGCUGAAGGAAGGUUCGGUUAAAGUUGGAUGAUGGGAGUAGUCAUUAGGAAUGUUUUUUUUUUUUGCUUAUGGAAAGAUGCAUAAUACCAUAUAAGCUACUUUAUUAUUUUUUUUCAAACAAGGUAAAAUGUACCAGUCUUCUAAUAUAUUUUUUUAAAAAACUGCCAUUUCCCCCAUUGAGAAUGCAAAUGAAAUUGCUGCAAACAGUUUCUCUGAAUCAAUUCUCAUCUUGCUGAGAGUGAAUUGAUCUUCGCUGGAGAUCAUUCUGCGCAAGACAGCUUGUCAACACAUGUUAGAAACAGCGUGGCGCACCCUGUGGAAGCGGCGUGUAACAAUGCACUUACAGCUUCAUCCACCUCCCCGUGGAGGUGGGGGUCUGGGGGCAAACUACAGAAAGAUGCUGUUUCUGCUCAAGAAUCUGUUCACUGCAGGUGCAGACAGUGCUGGAUUUUGCUAUGGGCCACUUGGCUCUCUGCCCUGGGCGGCAUGGUGUAAGGAGAGGUGCAAAAAUGUUUGUACCUUGAAGGACUUUUUUGUUUGUUUGUUUUAUUUUUUCUAUAAAUGUCUUUGAAGUUAAAAUACCUCCAAUCAUUUAGAUCAGACAAAAAUGAAAAUUUGUAAGCCCACCUCAAGAAAGAUGUGUAUUUUGCUUCAUUUUUCCGUAGAUAGCCAGUUCAUGAUCCUCCACAUCUCCUUGAUUUUUUUUUUUGUGUGUGUUUUUCUAGUGAUAUUUUGCCACCUACAGGCAUGGCAUAGUUACUGCAACAUUUUUUGUCUUUUUUUUUUUUUUGUAGGACAUUUCUAGUAAUGACGGACUUUUUUUAAAAAAGAACAAAGAAAAAAAAAAUCUUGGAAAUGAUUUUUUUGAUUUUUCUCUCUACAAGGCCUGCACACCUAGAAGUUGUGUAACUAACCAUUGAUCUGUUCUCAUUUUCACGUGUGAGAGAAACGUUUUUUUGGGGGGGUAAACCAACAAGAUCGGCUCCAGUCCCGAGGACCAUGUCUUUCUGGUUGCACAUAUGGUUGCGUGUGGAGGGGGAAGAAGGAGCGCCGCAGUUCGUUAAUACCUGUCAGGAGGUUUGCGGCUCUCGAGUUUUAAAUUCGGCACUCUGUCUGGUUGCCAUUUGGGCCCUAAUGGACUCUAAUGAAAAAUGACUCCACUGUUGCGGCGAUCCUUCAGAAGGUCUUCUCCUUCUUCCUCCUCUCUCAAGCAGAUCCCCGGGUAUAGCGGCAGGAAAUGUGACUGGCAUCUGAAUUUUGAAAUGAUGUCCAUUUCAAAAACGACAAAUGUCAGUUGUUAAUGAAAAGUUGUUUUUUAAAAAAAACCAAAAAACAUAAAGCAAUGUCACUGUUUUUAACUGUUAGUUUAUGAACAUUUUUUGUCUUUCUGUUGUAUCUUUUUAAUUUGUAAUUAUUUUGUAGCAAUUAAUGAUAAUAGAGCUCUUUGAUUGGACGCCCCAUGUAGCUGCAUUGUUCGUUUGUGCCUCAGGCCGGAUCUGGAUAAGAUUUGGUACCCUCUAUAGUGAGAUUCAGCAUACGUUUCCAUUUGAGCGCUAAUGCCACUCAUUUAAAGAACAAAAAAAAAAACAACACGUAAUUAUGGCGCAUUUUACGUUAAUUAACUUUUAAUGAGUGUUUAAUGACUUCUACGCGCUCUCCGUUGUGUAUCGCCAGGGCGCAGUGAGUCAGCCGGCCCCUGGUCCCCAGAGGAAGCGCGGGCCACAAGCCCCGCCCGCUCUGAAAGAGAAGCGAGCGCUGGAUGGAGAGAGAAAGAGAGGAAGGGGAAGGGGGAGGAUAGAGAUGGAGCGGGUUACUUUACACCAAAUCAGGGUUUCAGUGAGUAACACUGCCGCCAUAGGUGGAGGUUGCAGAGAAGCAUGCUGGGAUUAAAGCUGUGACUGAACCCGACGGGCUCCCCGCUCGCACCUGGUCCUCGCCGUGACGCACAGGUUACCGGAGUCACGUUGGAGCGGAGCCGGCGGCGGCGGAGGGAUCAACCAAGUUUGGGAUGCAGUGAGAGAGUCUGAGAGAGGAUGCUCGCGCCUCGCAGUUCUUAUUGCGCUUUAAAUUUGGACGGAAAAUAAGGUCGCCCGCGUGGGAUGCGGAAGGGUCAGAUUUUUGUCUGGCGUGCGUCAGCCUUAGACAUCUCUAGAAAUAUGCGCGGAUUUUGUCUUGUUCGCGUCGAGCAGCGAGGAGAUCACCGAUAGAAUCCCAAAUCCGUGGAUGAAUUUUGGAGAAGGACCUGGAAGAGGGAGGAGGGCGUGGGGGGAUCUGAUCCAAUGUGGCGCAUCCACCGCUCUUGACUGCGCGUAAUGGGGAGAAAAGUUUUUUCGGACGCGCUCGCAAAUAACAUGUGAAUCCCGCUCCUUCUGAACGCAGCCGACGAAGUUUCCGAGUGAAUUUCAAACCAUCCAUUAUGACUUGAAACACCCUCGGGGUGAUCGGGACUCCAAUCAAACCAGUUAGCGAUCCCCGCACCGCCAAAGACGCGCAGACGGACGUUCAUGAUCUAGACAAGAGAGGAAUUCUGCAGCAGCGGCAGCCACGCAGUGAAACCAGCCCGAUCCGCUUUAUCAGAGAGAGGUUCCGUUCGGAUGGCUGUGAUGCUGUACCAGCUUGGCCAGAGGUGUGUGAUGGAGCUGGUGCUGCUGACCGUCCUGUCCUGGGUCUCCGUGUGGGCGGAGGAGAAGAUCAUAUUUGACAGACACGCUGUUUACUGGAACAGCUCCAAUCCCAAGUUCUGGCACGGCGAGUACAGAGUGGCAGUGAACAUCAACGACUAUCUAGACAUCUACUGUCCUUACUACGAGGGUCCUCCAUCCCACGGGCGAAUGGAGCGCUACAUCCUUUUCAUGGUCAACCACGAAGGCUACACUUCCUGCCAGCACAGGAUGCGCGGCUUCAAACGCUGGGAGUGCAACCGCCCCAGUGGACCCGACGGGCCCCUGCGCUUCUCAGAGAAGUUCCAGCUCUUCACGCCCUUCUCGCUGGGCUUCGAGUUCAGGCCCGGACACGAGUACUACUACAUCUCGUCUCCUCACCCAAACCAUGUGGGCCGGGCAUGUCUAAAGCUGAAGGUGUAUGUCAGACCUCCAGAUGGGUCGGGAUAUGAUUCUCCGGAGCCGUUCCUGACUGACGGAGGUCCGGGCUCCGGCGCAGGCUGGGCGGUUCUGUUAGCGGCUCUGGCCCCGCUCGUCCUGGGACCCGUCUUCAGGCUGUGACUACCCCACCCCCGUCUCCCUCCUCUUUCCGGAGCGUCCAUCCUGGGAUGAUGGGCUGGGCUGGCUGUCCCUCUAAAUCCACCACCCCUCAGGGAAGCCCUUUGUCCUCCACUCUCCUUCUUCUUCCCACCUCCACCUGCAGUAUGACCACCAACCACCCUCCACUGCCAGCCCCCUUUUAUGGCGCCCAGCCACAGACACCCUUUCCUGGAUUACCUGCAAUGUUGUUGGGUUUUUUUUAAAGCAGUCUGGGAAGCUACCCUUCCUUCUCUUAUCCCUGAAUCCUCGGUGGAACAGCACCUUUUAGCUGAAAACACAAGAGAAAUGUCUCAGCACUCAUAUCAGGGGGUCCUUUUUUGACUUUUGACUCUUGCCCACUGAUGGGGUUAGAUGUAGCCAUGGCUAUGAUUAAACUUGUCAUUCCAGUGCAGUCCCUAUCCUCCGAUCACGGCAGGGGGUUUGGGAGGUGAGAGGGGCAUCGUACGAUAGGCCUGAAUGCACAAAAAUUGGUUUUUUGCUGCUUCCUCGAUCUAAGAAUUGGAAGUGGCCAAGCUCGCAUUGAAAUUUGAAUUCAAUAGGACGUAGACCAUCUCCAAAGUGCAAUGAGGAUAAGAGUAAUUACGAAGAGAGCAGGAGAAAAGUGACCUGGACUUUGCUGUGAUGUGAAAAGAAAAGUGUGAAAGAAUACAGCUGAGAAAAAAAAACCCAAUAAGGCAGAGUGGGAAAUGUAACUUACUGCAGUGCCCAGGAAACUUCUUUAUACACCUUGAGCUUUUUACAAUUUCGUAAUCUCCAACCUCAAGUUUUAGUGUAUUUUCCUGACAUUUUAUAUGAUAGAGCAAUGCAAUAUAGCACAUAACUGUGAUGUGGAAGUAAAAAGCAUAUGGUUUUAGUUUUUUUAUAAAUAAAAAUAUGAACAUGUGGCAGGUGUUUACGUUCUCCUACCUGUAUUCCAUCUUUCUCUUCAAGUUUUCUGGGGUUGUAGCUCUGCCAGCUUUGCACAUCUCUACAACAGUUUGCCUCAUUCUUAACUGUAAAAUACCUGCAGUUCAAUUAGAUUGGAUGAAGAGUCUGCAAACUUGAAAUUUCAAGUCCUGACACAGAUUCUUAAUUGCAUUUAGGUCUAGACUUUGACUGGGUCAUUCUAACACGUGAAAACUUUGAUCUAAGCUCCACCAUUGCACUCUCAAAUACUCUGCAGCUUUUUCUUGCAUGUUAGCAUAGUUGGACACUCAUCUUUUGAUAGAUUUGGUUUCUUUCCAUAAUCGGAUAAUGGACUGAAAGAGCUCUGUGAGAAGAGAACUGAAUUCUUAUCGCUGCCGCACUCUUCACAUUUUUAUGCGCAAAAACAGUUGGAACAAUUAUACUACUCUGUGUUGCUCUAGCACAUAAAACCCCACUAAGUCACAGCAAAUUUGAUGUAAUGAGACAAAAUGUGAAAAAGUUCAAGUGGUAUAAACACCUUUGACAAAACACUGCAAGCUGUGUGCGUUCGCUACGAUUUUCCAGGAGCUCUGACUUUGCAUUUUGGCGACAAGUAUAACCAUAGCCUGUUUUAACGGGGCGGGGGAUUGGGUGGGAUGUCAUGGGUGGGUUUGGUGGGAUGUAGAUUUUCAGGUGGGCUGUGUUUUGUCUUUUAUGUGUUUCUAAACAAAGCAUUUAUCACGGCCUGGCCUGCACAGGCGUAUCCAGCACUAGCUAAUGUUGUCUGGGUCGGGUGACUUUUGGAACCAGGACUUUCUCUUGUAUGAAUGUACCACUGGCCACCCACCUGUUUGUUGUUUUCUUUGUGUUUUUUUUGUUUUCUCCGUAUUGUCAUGACUGUGGUCACUUACAGUACCUUCUCUCGGAUUGGCAGGAUUUAUCAAUGGCUCUGAGAUUCGACGAGAAGGCGGGGGUGAAGGGUGGGAGGGCAGGUGAGAAAAGGAGGCGACACUCAAGUUGCAUGACCACUGUGAAACCUUCAGAUCAAACUUGUUUCUAUUGAUAUAUUUUUUCAUGGUAAGAAAAAACAAAAUCAGAAAACAUCCCGCUUCAACUCUUUUGCUCUCCCUGAGACUUUUUCAGACAUCAAAGGCGGGGUGGGUGGGGGUAAUAUUCAGACUCCUUCCUCACAUAGUUUCUCCUGUCUGGGCUCUCAGUCGUUGAUGGAUUAGCUUGGGCUGGAAAGAUAAAUGGACCCGCAGGGCGAAACUGACUGGAAAUCGGCCCCCGAAGCCCAACUCGGAUCACGACGGACGUAAACAAGGACUGAAGCUGAUCCCGGGUCCGGGGGGUUAAACCAAUAAGGGAAGCACAUAGACUGUGGCAAAUGAGGCGAGGUGUGUGAGCGAGCUGUGUGUGAGGUAGCAUCACAAAAACACACAUAUGCACACCCCGACGACAUACACACACACACACAAACACUUAAAGCGACAGUGAAAGCCCGCACGGACAAGAGCGAGCAGUCAAAGAAAGAGUGUGUUUGAUGGGACUCAAGCAUAAAGAGUAAGCACUGUGAACACACGCACGCACACACACCCACCCAUGUAACAAUCCAUAAACAGAUAACCACACUUGCCAGCAUACAUGCAAAAAAAAGAGUGCAGUUGUAGACAUUUACAAAGACAUGCAAAGGUGUACAAAACACAAACAAGGGGAAAUGCUUGUUCCCCUAUUCCAUCUUAUUUUUGUAGCAUUUAAAAUCACUGUUAAUUACUCCUUGGUGGAAUGCAGUGAUGGGGUUAUCGCCUCAGAAGGAUUACAACAACAACAACAACAAAAUGUGUCUUCUCUUCUUCUGUUCCACUGAUGCUGUCCCUCUAUCGUUUCUUCUUUUUCUCCGCCGGUUCGUGAUCCACGGUUGGUAGAGGCUCCAGGUCUGAGCGUCAUGUAUGAGUUUGUCUCCUUUUCUGUUCGUGGUGUUUUUAGGGCGGGCCUUCGCCGCCGGGGUCGCUCAGUUGGGACGGUGGCGUACGCAGAGGUCGGCUCGGGGAGAGAAACACACAAAUAAAGAUUGUCUUUUGUCUACUCGAAAACAACCCGCCUGAGUGGAAUUUCUUCAGUGGAAAUGUGAAUUCAUUCUCGUUUUAUGCAUUUCUCCCCCCAACCCCCCGCGCCCCCUCCCAAAGGGCAGAUGAUUGUAUUUAUGUAUUAGACUGCACCUGGGUCUUUAUUUGCCCAGUCCAUCUUUCUCUGACGUCAGUCUUGGAGUGGAGAUUAUUGAGCUCUGCCAGUCAAAGCAUGAAAUUAUUCAGAAGAAAUCACCCUCUCUCAUCUUCAGCUGUUUCCCCCUCAGGGAAGUGACAGCUAAUCUGAACUGCUGACAACGUGGAGACAGAAUAGCUUGAUAGCCUUUCCUCUUGUGUUUCUAUCAGAUUUCCUGCAUGGUGACUGACCAGCGAUGGGAAGUAACAAAAGAGCAUGUCUUCAAAUGCUGUUCUGGGGUUUUAAUUGUCUUGGAUAUUUCGAUGGUCAGUUGCUUUCCACAGUAUUACAUUUUUGGAGGGAUAUAUUGUGUCUUUUACUGCACUACAUUGAUUUUAUAGUUAGAGUUAACAGGUUGCUUUGAAAAUGUUCUGUAUGAAAUGAUCAGAUUUUUAAAAAUACACCAUUUAAAUAAUACUAAGUGGUUACCACAAGUAAA